CAGAGCUCUCCACCGGAAGCUGACUUGUCAGUCUUGUUUUGGUGGUUGACAGGCGCGUGAGCUGCCGACGUCACCAGUAGAGGCAGCAGACGGCGACAUGGCGGCGGACUCUGCUCUGAAGGUGAUCUUUGAACUUGAAGGAGUCUUCAUCCAUCCGAGCAGCGAUGAAGACGGCAUGGAGCCAGAUUUACUGGUUUCAGGGACGCUGCGGCUCGUUGACAAGGAUGCUGAAGUCUUGGUGGAGUACAGACCUGUGGAGGACGCAGUCGACCCGUCCAACAUGCUGUGUGCUGGAAAGGACUCCAGCUCAGUCAUGGAGUGGGACCAGUGUUCGGGGGAGAAGUCCAAGUCUCUGAUAGAGACACAGCAGAGCUACGAGACAGAGUGGGACAUGAUCAAUGCUGUGUCCUUCAAGAAGAAAACCUUCACCAACGGAGACGGCUCUCUGAACCACGGCCACGAGAGGAGCCGCUGGGCCUUCUCCGUCAGCGUGGGGGACCUGCGCUCCGUCACGGUGAAGGUGGAGGGGUGGAGCUUCCUGCUCCUCAAACUGAAGGACUGCCGCUCCUCGCUACCCGCGCUGCACUUCCACCAGGGUGGCAGCACCGACUUCCUGGACAGCCUGAGGAGGGUCGCUCUGCUCAGCCCAUCUCCUGAUGAUGAAACCUGUCUGCUGGUCAGUUCUCCAAACAGAGCUCUGUCUCAGUCCUUUGAGAACCUUCUGGAUGACAACAACUUUGGACUCGUUAAUAAGUUCAGGAAGGACCCGUACGUCACCACGCUGGGCGGCUUCUCCAAAGUCACCAACUACAUCUUUGAUGCUUUCCGGGGGACGGAGGAGCAGCACCAGCGCCCCCCGGAGGAGGUGGCCGACCUGCUGACUGAAGUCAUCCCGGGACUGGAGAUCAACCAGCAGGAAGAGCCCGGCUUUGAGGUUAUCACCAGGAUGGACCUGGGCCCGAGGCCGGAGGUAUCCAGGCGGCCCCCCCUGUCAGCAGAGGACUGGACCAAACACCAGGAUCCAGAGGGGAGGAUGCUCAGCAUUUCCAAGCUCAAACACCUCAUCUUCAAAGGGGGACUCUGUCACGCGGUGAGGAAGGAAGCCUGGAAGUUCCUGCUGGGAUAUUUCCCGUGGGACAGCACGCUGGAGGAGAGGAAAGUCCUCCAGAGAGACAAAACAGAUGAGUACUUCAGGAUGAAGCUGCAGUGGAAGUCAGUCAGCGAGGAGCAGGAGAGGAGGAAUUCCAGACUGAGAGACUACAGGAGUCUGAUAGAGAAAGACGUGAACCGGACGGACAGAACCAACCGGUUCUACGAAGGCAUGGACAACCCGGGUCUGGUGCUGCUGCACGACAUCCUGAUGACCUACUGCAUGUACGACUUCGACCUGGGUUAUGUUCAGGGGAUGAGUGACCUGCUGUCUCCGAUCCUCUACGUGAUGGAGAACGAGGUGGACGCUUUUUGGUGUUUUGUCUCCUUCAUGGACCAGAUGCACCAGAACUUUCGGGAGCAGAUGCAGGGCAUGAAAGACGCAAACUGA